AUACCUGCACCUGAUACCUGCAUGUCACACCUGUGCACAACUGUCUGAUGAUCUUGCGGAGACCAAACACAAAGACAAGAAUGCAGACCACAACAGUAACUCUCCUGGCCAUUACUGCAGUCCUCUGGGGCAACAUAGAAGCUUUUUCAGACACAGCUGUGGACUGCUGUCUGACCACCAAGGAUACUCGUAUUCCAAUACAGAUUGUUGUAUCCUACUUUCACCAAACCACAGAGAGUGGCUGUGCCAUUCCAGCUACUGUAUUCAUCACAAAAAAAGACAAGAAACUGUGCGCUCCACCAGAGAAAAACUCCUGGAUUACCAGAAUCAUCACACACUUAGACAAGAAGAAAAAAACUCCUCAGUAGGAACACAGAUGGGAGGCGUACAUGAUGACACUGUAACUGCACUGAGCAACACUGGAUUAGACAGGAAAUGACUACACUUCAUCAUUAACUGCCACAGUGAUUUUUAAAAGAUAUUUACAAAGUAUUUUGGGAAUCAUGCAGAUAUGGGGAAUGCAUGAUGGUCGAACUUUGUAAAUGAUAAAAGCGGAUAUGCUAUUUGUUUAUAUUUGACUGCAUUGUCUUACUGUAGCAAUUAUGAGUCUCAUACAUUUGCAUG